GGCUGACAAAGAGCCUCAGUUCCCACCAGGAUGUCCUCAGGAGUGACAAACUCCCAGGACAAGGAGCAGCAAUGUCCCCCCAGCCCUUCUGCUGCCCCCCACGACCAAAGUGACACUGAGCUGAUGUUCAAGCUCCAAAGGGAAGCCUCUCAAAGAAUUCUGAAGGCUCUGGGGACAGCCUGGAGGGUCUCAGCAGCGUCCCCACGCCUGGGGGACCCCAGUGGCACCAGCAGAGUGGGGAGAGCAGUGAUCCCAGCGCUGCUGACACCCAUCAUGGCCACCUCCACAGGCAACCGCAGCUCCCCAACCACUCUGCUGCCCCCAGACCAAGGUGUCAGGGACAGGGCAGGGCUGGGGCACCGCGGGGAUCCCUUGGACCAUCCCCAGCUCGCCCCACCGCAAGCCUCUGGGCGAGCUGCUGCCUCGGUAGGUGUCAUGGCGGCCUCCUGUACCUCGGUAGGUGUCAUGGCGGCCUCCUGUACCUCGGUAGGUGUCAUGGCGGCCUCCUGUACCUCGGUAGGUGUCAUGGCGGCCUCCUAUGCUGCGGUAGCCGUCAUGGCGGAGGCAGGAAGCGGAAGUCGUCGUUGUCACGUGACACUCGCCCGGUUCCGCCUGCGGGUGGCGGUAACGCCCGGUAGGGGCGGGGGGGGGACACGGGGGGAGCCGGAGGCACCGGGAACCGGGGGUGGUGUCCGGGAAGGGGCACUGGGACCCAGCGGGGGUCAGCCAGCCGUGACCGGGCCGUCCCCGCCGUGCCGUGCAGGCCGUGCCGUGCCGUGCCGUGCCCAGGAUGCUGCUGCGCUCCUGGCGGUCGCUGUUCACGGGCCGGCUGCUGCUCCUCACCAACACCGUGAGCUGCGGGGGGCUCCUGGCGGCGGGGGACUGCCUGCAGCAGGAGUGGCACCGCCGCAAGCACCCCGAGAGCCAGCUGCAGCUGGGCCGCACUGCCUGGGACCCCUGAUGCACUACUGGUACCUCUGGCUGGACUCGGCGUUCCCGGCGCGGGGCGUGCGCAGCCUCAGGACGGUGCUGAAGAAGGUGCUCAUCGACCAGCUGGUGGCCUCGCCCAGCAUGGGAGCCUGGUACUUCGUGGUUCCCGCUGACCCCUCCUGUCCCCGCAGCCAUCGGCACGCUGGAGGGCCAAUCUCUCCAGGAGAGCUGGGACGAGCUGAAGGAGAAAUUUUGGGAAUUCUACAAGGCCGACUGGAGCCUGUGGCCGGCGGCGCAGAUCCUCAACUUCCUCUUCGUGCCGCCCGCCUACCGCGUGGUGUACGUCAACGUGGUGACCCUGGGCUGGGACACCUACCUGUCCUACCUCAAACACAGGCCCCGCAGCUCCGGGCAGGAGCCACCACGGCAGAGCCAGAGCAGCGCCGGCGCCUAGAGAGGGAGCAGCUCCUCCAGAGCAGCCUGGAGAUGGAUUUCUGGGCAUUGUGGAGCCCCCCAAGCUGAAUGAGGGGAUGGCCAGAGCCAGCCCCACCACCUGCCUGCUGCUGAUUAAUUCAUCUGCUAAUUACAGCCACGGGUUGGGGUUGUAACAAUCUCUUGUUGCAGGAGAAGCUGUAAAGUGAUUUCUUCUGGGAUUUGCCCGCAGAGCAAACCAGUGCCCUUGCUGCUCCUCCAGCACCUUCCAGCCACCUGGAUCCCCACAAAAUGGAUUUUGGGAAGGAAUUCUUCCCUGUGAGGGUGGUGAGGCCCUGGAAUGGAAUUCCCAGAGCAGCUGUGGCUGCCUCUGGAUCCUUUGGAAGUGCCCAGGGCCAGGUUGGAGCAGCCUGGGAUGGUGGGAGGUGGCACGGGUGGGAAGGGAUGGGAUUUAAGCUCAUUCCGACCCAAACCCACUCCCUGAUUCACUCUGGCUGCUCCUCUGCUCUCCCUGCAGCUCCUCACUCCUUCCCCUCCUGCUUUUUCUCUUCCAGCUCAAGGAUAAAAUCCCUGCACUCCCCCCAGCUCCCGUUUCCCCCCCGGCUCGGGCGGGGGCUGCAGCCACCUGGAUCCUCUAUAAAUAGGGAUGUGAUUGCGGCACUCAGGAGGAGGCAGAGGGGGGUUGGAGCCAAAUUUUGGCAGAGUUUGGGCCAUCACAUCCCUCUGCUCCCAGCCCUGGGCAAGCUGGAUGCUCCCUGCAUAACUGAAUUAUUUCCAGUGUCAAUGAAAAUUGCCCGAAUGGGUUUUUGUUUGUUUAUUUUAACUUGAUUUUUAAAGCUGUGCCUUAACGCUCUGCCCUGGUCCCUGCUGUCACACACCCAGGGGGGAUUCAGCUCCUCCCUCAGCAGCAGCAGGAGCCAUUUGGGGGAUGAUAAUUUAAAAAAAAUCCAAUUAAUUUUGCUCCUCUCUUGGCAACUCAGGGACCCCGAGGAACUUCUGAUCAGCAAUUGGUUUAUUUCUUCACAACAUUUCUUUUAAUACAGUGAUUUUUAGGAAAUUGUA